CUUGCACAUGAAGACUAUAUACCAACUUCGACUUCUCUUCUUCAUCUAUAAAUAGCCUGGUUUUUUCACUUUGAUCCUCAUCAAUAUCACAACAUAUUGUAAUACGACUCCACAACAAGAAGAAAUCAGAAGGAAAAAUGGUUAAUUUCUCAGCCAUGUUCAGUUGCUUUGUUCCUUCAUCGUCUUCAUCUUCUAGGGUUUCAGAUGAUGCAGAAGUAUCCAACAUCAAAGGAUCUAAUGUACAGAAACCCAAAAGCAAAUCAAAGUCAUCUUCAAGUGCUCCUAUUGUAGUUUCUUACUUCCCCAUCAACUCAUAUAUGUCAAGGUUAUAGUUCGUUCAUGGCGAUUUUGAGGAAUAUUGGAGAAGAGUGAACAUAUAUCCUGAUCCAUUAUAAAGAACAUGAAGAUGUAUUUUGUAUUUUUUUUAUUUGAUUAUACAUAUUUAUGUUUUAUAUCCAAUUAAUUAAUUUGAUUUUUCAGCAAUAAAAAU